AUGCCUGUGGCGCUUGGUGGCGAUUCCCCGCUCCCGUAUUCGCCGCGGCCAUUUGGCGUGGCCUCUGCUGCACCUGUCGUGCCGGCUCUGUCGGCGCCUGUGGCCCCCGUUGCGGCGAUGUCUGGCGUGGGCUCUCCUGCUCACGCAUCGUGCUCCACGGUAGUCGACUCUGGACGAGGGUCGGCGGGAGUGUCCGCCCCCCCGCGCGUGGUGCCGCCGACGCCCGUGCCUGCACUCGUCCUGGCACCUGCGCCCGUUGUGGCGCCUCCUGCUGCUCCUGACGUGGCGCCAUCUCCUGCGCCGCACGUUCCAGUGUUGGCGUCGCCUGCUGCGGCGGCCGCUGGUGCUGCUGAGUUGGCUCCUGCAUUGGGCGAGGCGCCUCCUCCUGCGCCUGUUCAGGCGCCUCCUCCUGUGGCUGCCUCCCUUGGCGCGCUAAGACUGCCUCUGUGCUCCCCGUGGCGCCCUCGUCUGCGCCUGCUCAACCUCCGGCUGUUCAGCCGCGAUGCGCCGGCGACGAUUGCUGACGUGCAGCAGAUUGUGACCGCGGCAUUCCGCGACGGCCUAGCAGGCUCGGCGGGUCAGAGCAACUCGCGGCGUGCGGCUCCGUCUCCAUCGGCUCCCCUUCCCGCUGCUCGCCCUGCGGUUGCUCCGACGCCGGCGGUAUCACUGCUGGCUCCCUCGGCCCCUGCUCACAGUGGUGGGGCUGGACUUCCUCGACUUCAGCUUCCCUCUCUGGCGGAGGAGCUCCUUCCCCCGCGGGCCGAGGUUCCGGAGGCGACGCUCGGACAGUUAUGGAGGCUCUCGGAGAGCCUUCGUGCGCUCCUGCUUGUGCAGUCCCUGGCGCACGGGUCUCUUCCGCCCGUCCCGGCGGAGUCCCUGCUUGACGGCCCGCGGGACGACUGUCUUGACGCGGCCGACCAGAUUGCCCUCAUCCUGGCGCCUGUGUUGGCCGCACCCGUGCGGGGAGGCGUUGGGGCUGUGGGGCAACAGGACGCGGCUGUGCGGGACUUACGGAGGUACCUGGGGGCAGGUUCCGGAGCCGACGCGAUUGGCGCCGCCAUUCUGGUGGUCCGCUCGGUGUGGCAGACGAUGAUGGGCAUUCUGCAUGCCCUGCAGGCGGAUCGGAAGUAG